AUGGCAACCCGCGGGCUGCUGCUGCUGGCUUCCUGGGCUCUCAUUGGGGCUCUGCAGCUGCAGGCUGAUGCGAGGCCAGCGCCCUUCGGGAUGAAGUUGUGCGGCCGCGAAUUCAUCCGUGCUGUCAUCUUCACCUGCGGGGGCUCACGAUGGCGCCGGGCAGAUAUCUUGGCCCACGACACUCUGGGGGACUUCUUCCCUGAUGCAGAAGCCAAUACCGACAACCUGGCGAGCGAACUGGACGAAACCGUGGGCUCCAGCGAGUGGCUUGCCCUGACCAAAUCCCCCCAGACCUUCUAUAGUGGUCGGCCCAGCUGGCAAGGGUCGCCUGGAGCGGUUCGGGGCAGCAGAGAUGUCCUGUCUGGCCUUUCCAGCAGUUGCUGCGAGUGGGGCUGUAGCAAGAGCCAAAUUAGUAGCUUGUGCUAGGACCCUGGUUGGGUGAUGGGGAAGAGGGCAGUGCUUCCAACCUGUUAUCCUCUGUGCGAUGCUCACACGCAUUCCUCCAGGCAAGGCAUUGAAGCCUCUGAGGUUUCCUCACAGACCCUCUGCCAAGCCUUUUCCCAUCUUGCUCCGAGCCACAUCGCUACCCAGCCAAACAGAAACUUGAUCUUCAUGGUAGAGUUCUUCCCCUCCCCAAGCCCAGCCCCAGCGAGCCUGGCUACAGCCAGGUACCCACCUACCCAAACUGGCUACACUGAACAAACUGUUUGGUCCUAAUUGCCACCGCUUGUUUCCUGGCCAAGCCAGUGCAACCUGCCCCCUACUCCACUCCCUUCAGUCCCCACCCCAAAGCACUCUGCUGUUGACUCCAAGGCAGGGGACACCGAGUCCCCAGUUCUCAGACUUUCCCACCACAAAAUAAAGGUUCAGUUCUGAGCAUUUGCACGCGUGCGUGUUAUUGCUGGGGAUGGGCGGAUUUGGGGACUUCCCGCCAGGGGCG